GAGGAGAAGGGUCAGUCAGACUCAGACCGCGAGUGAAUCACGCGUGCAAGAAACCUUGGCAGAGUUACUGCGAUUCGAUCACCAACCAAAGAUAAGAUAGCAGUGCACGCGCGCCGCCGCUACGAGUCAAGACGCAGAACAGCACAGCGGAGUGGCCGAGUGGGUGCUCUCGGAUUUCGUCGGCGGCGACCCGGAUCCGGAUCCAUGGAGACGGUGCAGGAGGACGUGGAGGAGUACAGCUGGAGGGAGGUGGUGCUGCCGCGGCUCAUCCCCGUGGUCCAGGAACCCGCGCCGGAGCUCGACCGCGAGACCGGGGAGCGCCGCCGCGGCAGGGACCUGCUCGUCGCCGUCGACUUCGGGCCCAACUCCAAGCACGCCUUCGACUGGGCGCUCGUCCACCUCGCGCGCAUCGCCGACACCGUGCACCUCGUCCACGCCGUCUCCAGUGUGCACAAUGAUCUGGUAUAUGACAAGAGUCAGGAACUAAUGGAUAAUUUGGCCGUCGAAGCAUUCAAGGUGUCACUGGUCCAUACCAAGGCACGGAUUGUUGCAGGGGAUCCUGGGACGGUUAUUUGCCGAGAAGCAGAGCGACUGAAGCCAGCAGCCGUCAUUCUUGGAACACGUGGUAGAGGCCUUGUUCAGAGUGUGUUACAGGGAAGUGUCAGUGAGUAUUGCUUCCACAACUGUAAAGCAGCACCAGUUAUCAUUGUCCCAGGCAAAGAAGCUGGUGAACAAUCUGUGCUUUAAGGGUGGAGGACAAGUAGGAGACAGAGGUGCAUUGGUUUGGUGUUGCAGUUUCAAUUUAGUGUGAUAAAAUGUGUGCAUAUUGUUAUAGAUUUGUUUGUAGUAAGAUUUUUUCUUAACAAGGUAGUGAGUGUAUAUUGUAAGUGUCUGUCUGUAAGAAACUUCCGUCUGUAAUCUGAAUCCAUUGUGUAGCUUGGUAUUGAAGAAUUGUGGAUUGCUUA